AUGCCAAACUACCGCUGCUGUGUUGCUGGUUGUAAUAACGACUCCAGGUAUCCAGAUAGGUUAUUUAAAAGAACUCAAGUAACAGAGCUAAAAUUUCACUACUUUCCUAAAGAUUCUUUAAAAAGGCAGCAUUGGGUAAAUCAAGUUAAAAAAGGUUUAAUAAAUUUUACAGUUUCUGAUAAUAAAGUGGUUUGCUCUAAUCAUUUUGAGUUUGGAAAGCCUACUUUUGCUUUUCCUAAUCCAACUUUAUACAUGAAUAUUCGUAAUGCAGAAAAAGAAUCUUCUACAAAACGAAGAAAACUUGAAAGAUUUGAUGUCAUAUUAGAAUCAGAAGCAAACAGUUCAUCAACAAGUUUAACUUUAGAAAAUAAACACUGUGAUAAAUCUAUUCAGUGUAAUGAACCAAUACGACGAUCAAUAAUUUUUGCCGAUUUAACCAGAGAUUCUGAUGUUCAGUUUUUUACAGGCCUUGCAAAUUCAAAUGCCUUUGAAAUGUUGUUUCUUACUUACAAAGGAAAGGAAAUGUAA